ACUAUUAGUAGCACUUUUAUUUUUUUAUUAGUAGCGCUGCGUGUGAUGUGAGUGCUCAGGGAUUUCUUGAGAUGUGUUGUAUGAUACAUUAACGUGAACGUGUUAACCUGUCAUCACUAUCAUGAGUUAUCGAAGACCACUGCAUGAGCCCUUCUGGCAGGGCCAUGGGCCAGGUGACCCAUCAUCGUACCAUCAAAGAGUUUCUUCUGACGACUUUGGUCCGACCACAACCUUUAACAUUGAGGAAUACAUGUUUGGCAAUGAGGCCCAGCAGCCCUAUCACCAGGAGCCGUCUGCAGGGCCAGCCGGCCAGGCGUAUCUGUUUGGCUCUCAGUAUCCAUCAGUCACUGAAACCCACGGAUACCAGCAAAAUGAGGGACCAAAUCCUGCCUUCAACCGUAGCCCAAAUUGGCCGCCGAAUUCCAGUGCAGCCACGCCACCAGUUUACGAAAAUCAUCCAGCUAGUCAUGUGCAUGAUGGGAGGAUGGAUGCCGGUCCGUCCAAAGUUGGACCGAGCAACCAGCAGCCACAGGUUCAUUUAAACCAAGGACCACGCCCACAGCCUGACCGCCGUAGGAGUGGAACUCGAUGGAGGGAGAACACUCCACCCAGGAGUGGCUCUACCUACGGCCCCCCAUUUUCAACCAAAGUCCUGCACAUCGACAGCAACGAGCCUAAACCACUGGGUGUCACCAAGUUCAGCUGUGCUGACAGUGACCCCGGCAUGGCGGAGAAGCCCGAGCUGCUGGCUGAGCCCCGCCUGAAUGCUCCCCCAGACCCGGCGGAAGCUACAGAGAAGACAAAUGACCCUGACAUCAUCCUUCAUCCAGUCACCAAGGAGCCUGUGAAGAGGAAACCGAACGGGACAUACGAGCUCGUCGGAGGAACCACCAAAAAGAAAGCCAAAAGUGCCCCUCCAACAUGUCCAAAACCAAGGAAACUACCUGAGGAAAUCGGGGACGGAUGUUACUGUGAGUUGUGUGAUGUUGUCUGUAGUGGACCGGUCAACCUCAGGAUGCACAUAAAUGGAGCCAAGCACAAACUGAAUGAAGCUAAAGUAGAGAAAGGAGAGGGUACCAUUAUGCGCCGAAGGCUGGACAAAAAAUUGCGGUCAAGAUUUGAAAAGGAAGGACCCAUUCCGAGCAGCCACAACCAAGAGGAGACACCAUUGAUAGGCCUUGACUUCGUAACUCGAGUUGUGGUUCCAGACCAGGACGAGAGCGAGGACCUAUAUGAGUGCAGCUUGUGUGACAAGAAGGACCUGCGUUCCACAAGCGUCUACGAGCACGUCCUUGGCCGCAGCCACAGGAAGGCCUAUAUUAGAAAGCUCAAGCCCGAUCUAGCCGACCAGUAUGCCAGCAUUGCCACUGUCUAUAGCAAGAAUGGACAACUGAAGCGUCGGCCGGGCAGCGACCUGUCAGCCCUGCUCAACGGCAUCAUCAAGGUCGCUGCCAAGCGGGACGGGCCUGGCGAGAUGCAGAUCCGACUGUAUAACGAGAAGGAGGUUGACGGUGAUGGCACAGAAGACUAUGGCAUAGAGAACUACGAAAGUGAUCCUGAUAAUCCAGUGGUUGAUCUGCCACUUGGCAUGGAGCCAGAGGACCGAGGGAAUGUUGACCACCCAGGUCGAAAACGCCCCAAUCUACUAGAGUAUCCAUCCAUCCCUAGGUCCCCUUACAGGCAUGUGGAUCCCCGCCAACCCUCGGAGAGCACCCCUGAGAGAGGCAGUUGGGCUACCCCCUCAAGAACCCACUCCCACCAGCGGUCUAACAGAAGAACAAUCCCGGACCGCCCGUCACGCAGCUACGACCCCCGUGCCUCACCCCCGGGCGACAGCCUCAGGACCCACUCAUUACCCGUCUGCCAUCCUGGUCCACGUCAUUGGGACAAACCCCUCCCAGUGCCCCCAGCGCCCAGUGAUCACCACCUCUUGCCGCAGUCUGUGAAGCGGUUAACCCCAUGGUCAGCAUCUCCGCCCCCGACGGCCCUAGAUGUGACACGCCUACCUCCCAAGGAAACCCUUCCAACUUCAAACCAAAACCGGUUGCCAGCUGAUUUAUCUCCGCUGACAGAGGAGCAGCUGCGAUUUUAUUGCAGUGACAUCUUCAUUGCUCAAGAGUACAGACGUCGGUUUGGCGAUCGCCCUUCCUCACAAGAAAGUAACCAGACCAAUGACAACAGCAACAGAAUAAGUCAAGCCAAAAUGGAAGGAGUCUCAGUGGAAACACUGCUAGAAUCAUUGUCGGACACCAUGGUUCAGAGCGAGGACGAUGCCAAGAUGGCCAUGGAGCUGACCCGGGCACUAACCCAGGCCACGCUCAAGUUCAUGCUGCAAGAGAAGGACUUUGCCAUUCAGAAGAUGGAUGGGAAAAGGUGAGAAAGAUGCUGGAAACAGGACGAUUGGAAAAUCGUCACUGGGAGAAAAAAGAGAAACACAGGGUCGAGAAAAGCCCACAGGUUGUGAUACCCUGUCCAUCCACGCAAGCUAACUUGAGUUCAGGAGCCAGACUUUUUCACCCACCAGCGAAGGGACCACUGCCAUCGUUGAAUACAAGAAGAGAGAUCUGCAUACUCAUUGGAUAGCGAACGCCCUGCACAAAUGAAGCCACUGGAACUCAAAUGAAGCCAAAGGUGGCUACCAUUACAUUUGACACAGCAUAGUGUACAUCAAGGUUUUCCAAGUUUUCCAAGCAGUUUGGAGAAUUUGUUGGUUAAAGAUAAAGGAAUUAUUUUUACCCAAAUACCCCUAGCGUACAAGAUAAUAUUGUAGUGUGACAGUCUUAGGGCUGGAUCACUAUCAAUGAUCUGUUGUUGGUUCGCUGAAAGCAGAACUGGCCUGGAUAGUGCGAACCAGCUCUGGGAUCGCGAUCAUCCAUAUGAAACAAAUAUGGCCAUGAUGUAUAAGAACAGGCAAGUGUAGAAGAGAUCUUGAGACUCCCACUGACAUUCUGGGCCUUGUUUGUUUCACACAGAUUCAGAUCCCAAUUAGUACUUCCAAUACUACAUUUGGUUUGCUCAAUCCAUUGGGCAGAUCCAUUGUUGGUGAACCAACAACUGACUCCAUGAGACCAGGAUUCAGUGGAAACAAACAGGCCUUAAAUCAUAUGCAUCAUCAAAUGUUGGGUCUGCCAACAUGGGGCCUAGUGACUUCAGCUCUCAAACUACAUGUGCUAUCCAGUCGGUGUAUAAAGGUCAGUGAUGCAAUUCUGCCUUGACUAACUGUAAGUUGCCACACUUUGAGAGUAAUCGAUGAAGUUGGCUUUUGCAGUGUUCUAGGGCAAGUUCUACCAACAGUAAAUGUUAAUCAUAGUUGGACCAAAGUCACCCAUCGGGAUGGCUUGGACCAUCUACUCAAUUAUUUAAAACCAGGUCCCUAGGGUAUGGUUGCAUCGCUCACUAUCAAUAGCUGAUUAAUUUAUCAAUAUAGAAGAAACUAUGCACAUGAAAAUAAUUGUACAAGAUGUCAUUGUCCAUGAACACUGUCAGAGUUGUAACUAUGCGCUUUUGCAAAACAGUUUGGCUGAGGUCGGUUGAGUGUGAUGGUACUGUGCAUGUGUAUAAUUAAUCAGAGGCCAAACUAUAGUUCAUGCUCAAACUUGCCCCAAGUGAGACAGUCCAUAAAAGUUUCUGGGUUUUGGGGGCCAAAUAGAUAGAAAUCACUCUCUUCUCUGUCCGUCAAUACAGCCCCCUCACUGAAGCACGUGAACUGGUUGGGCAGUGCUCAAGACAUGGCAAAAGUUUGAAACUAUCAGGGAAAUACCGUGAACAGACUAACUUUUACUGGUCCCCUCUACAGAGUUUUUGUACUGCAUUCAUUUAAGUUUUCUCGUAAACAAUUUGUUUCAUAGUGGUAAAGAUGGUGCCCGUUAACUGGUUUCAAACAGAAUUCCUGCCAGCAGAAAGUGGAUCUUUUAUUUUCCACCAAAGCUUGAUGGCUCAACAAGGCUUUUAAUAUAUGAUAGUUUUGUGCGUCGUGGCAACUUAGCAAGCGGUUUCAUUUCAAAAAUGCUGCCAUUAUCCAACGUACGUAGUAACAUCUCUUUGUACAAGCCCGUGUCAGUGCUGUGUCGAUCAUGACCCUACAUAGUACAAAUCUUAUACUUGUAGUUUUAUUUCAAGUCCCUUUCUAAUGCACAUUUGUAAUGAAUAUACACGGCUGUAUGAAAAACUGCCCAUUAUCUGUGUUUUGUUUGCCAACUUACAUUGGUUCCAACCAAAGGAACCUCCGUUGCUAGGAAAAUUGCACCCUCUCUUGGUCCAGCUCAAGGCUCAUAAAUCCAGUCACGUAUUCUACAUGGAAGUAUA